UUUGCAUACUCUUUUAAAUUUGAGUGCAAGGAGUGAUUUAAGAAUUAUUCGGAAUUCUCGGCUAUGGAAUGGAAGUAAUAGAACGUUUUCGAUAUAUUAAAAUUCAGCUUGGCAGUGAGACUUAGAGGACACAAACAAAGGAAAUUGAAUGACCAUGUUUAUUCAUUUCACUUGUUUGUGUCCUCUGGGCCUCACUCUCAAGCUGAAUUUUAAUAUAUCGAAAGUGGCCUAUUGAAGGACUUCAGCCGAAUGUCGCUUUUCUACAGCACAUAAAAUCUUAGUGAACUUUAAUGGAAAGGAAAGUAAGAAAGCCAGAAAACUUCACAUUUAAGUAUGUAGUUGAUUGUUAUAGAUAAUGGAUAGACUACUGGAUAAACUGAGGUGUUUUUUCAAAAAUACCUUUCACAUUUUUGUCUUCUUUAGUUUGGUUCCAAGUGGCGUUGCUUUAAUCAUGGCGAUUUCCAGGCGAAUUGUGCUGAUUUUAUCUGUAGUGGCACUGGCAUUGAUAAAUUAUAUACAGGCGGACGAUGAAUGCCCGGAUGACAACCUGCUCGGCCCGAAAGGUUGUCCGACUGAAGACGUCCCAGUGGUAAUGCUAUCAUUUCCACCCUAUGUUAUAUUUGAAGAUGACGGUAGCGACCAAACGUACCUCCAAGGCAUCGUGUUUGAUUACAUUCGAGACAGUCUUGAAGGCUGUUGCCAUAGCAACGGUGGGCGUGGUAUAAACUUGACGUUGCAAAAUGACAUCGAAACUGGCACCGAAACGGAAGCGGAAUUCAACGAGGCUCUCAUGAAAGCUGACAUCAUAUUUCCUGUUACGGAAAAGCUAGAAACACUUUUAACAUUUUCAGGAAUUGAAUACACUUUCCACGACAUUGUUAAAUCACAUGGUUAUGUGCUUAUUGGCCUUAUCGAUCAGUACAACGCGAAAGCGAGGGAUUUGGUGCUGUACGCGCUCUACGACUCAUGGCCCAUUUUCGUGUUGACCUUCCUUCUAGCCGGAAUGGCUGGGAUUUGUAUUUGGGCAUUGGUAUGAAAAGAACGUAUUACAAUAACAUAAAAAAAAGAGCAUAUGCAACUCUCUCAUUCUUACAUGCAGUCUCAGAAGUGCUCAACGCUAGCGUGUGACCAUGCAUGUAAGGAAUACCGUGCUUGACCACAUUUCUAAACACCGAGAAGAGAGUUAAGAAUACGACGAGUAGCGGAGUAUUUUUUUUGCGGACUUUAAGUUGUUUAGUGUGUUCAAACACUGCUUUGAGUGUUUGAUAUAUUUUCUCAAUCAAAGCUAAGAUGAAGGAAACAGCGGAGAA